GAAGAAUUGGAAACAAUCCCAAGGGCUAUUGUUGUCAUUCACUGCUCAAAUAAAACCCCUGGAGAAAUGCUUCACUAGUUAUCUGAAACCACUCUGGAAGGCCCCUGUGUUCCUGUUGAUAACAAUGGCUGCCUCUCUCACUAGUGCUCUGGGGAACGUGGGGACGGCAAUUUCGGGCACCCAAAGCGCUUGCUCGCGUCGGCUGCUUCCCUCUCCCUCGAGUUUCGUCAGGUUGAGAAGAUACCCGUCACCAUCCGAGUGUUCGUCCUCUCUUUUCUACUCUGUUUCGGGCGGUCUGCUUCCUCUUUCUUCGACUAGCCGACGAAGAGCCACUCUGGUGAGCUCCACUCGUGCUGCAUUGCAGGAAGCUGAAGUGCAGGGCAAGGUUACCAGCAAAGUUUAUUUCGAUAUAAGUAUUGGGAAUCCGGUGGGGAGCACCGUCGGAAGGAUUGUGAUUGGGUUGUAUGGUGAUGACGUCCCUCAGACCGCGGAGAAUUUCCGGGCCCUGUGUACAGGUGAAAAGGGGUUCGGAUACAAAGGCUCUACGUUCCAUCGUGUAAUUAAGGACUUCAUGAUUCAAGGAGGAGACUUCGACAAGGGAAAUGGAACUGGAGGAAAAAGUAUAUAUGGACGUACCUUCAAAGAUGAAAACUUCAAAUUCGUCCAUACGGGGCCUGGAAUUGUUAGCAUGGCAAACGCUGGACCCAACACAAAUGGAAGCCAGUUUUUCAUUUGCACUGUUAAGACGCCAUGGUUAGACCAGAGGCAUGUCGUCUUUGGGCAGGUGCUUGAGGGUAUGGAUAUUGUGAAGCUGAUUGAAUCACAGGAAACGGACCGAGGUGAUCGGCCUAAAAAGAAAGUAGUGAUCAGUGAUUGUGGCGAGCUUCCUGUGGUUUGAAAGAGGAUAUGCGUCAGAAUAAAACAAGCCAACCCAGCAUUUUGUUGUGUUUGAGGAAAAUGUUUUGUUUCUCAGGAGUUGCACUAUAUAGAGAUUAUGUUUCUAAUUAUGAGCUAAACCCAAGUGAGAUUUCCUGAAAUAUUUCCAUCAUUUUACAGGAGCUGAAGUUCUAAAUCCAUACCUAUGGAUCUUCGUGUUGUAUUGAUUAGUGCAUUGUGCAUGCCUAUUCAGUGCUUUUCCAAUACGAGGUUCAUCUAAUAGAGUAGAAUGAUCCUAGAAGCAGCUUCUGUAA